AUGACCGGACGCGGCAAAGGAGGAAAAGGUUUGGGAAAAGGAGGCGCCAAACGUCAUCGUAAAGUGCUGCGGGACAACAUCCAAGGAAUCACCAAGCCGGCCAUUCGUCGGUUAGCCCGCCGCGGUGGUGUCAAACGUAUCUCCGGCCUGAUCUACGAAGAGACCCGCGGAGUGUUGAAGGUGUUUCUGGAAAACGUAAUCCGUGACGCCGUCACCUACACCGAGCACGCCAAGAGGAAGACCGUCACCGCCAUGGACGUGGUCUACGCUCUGAAACGCCAAGGCCGCACUCUGUACGGUUUCGGAGGUUAA